UAAAGUAAAAUACGCGGCGAGUCCACCACCUCACCUCUCCUCGCCGGCUAUAUAACAGUCCACAUUUGGCCAAGACCACCACCACCCAACCCAAGCACAGCGAACAGAGCGACUACAGAAAGAUACUGAGAGAAAAUGUCGACGGUGAAGGCGACUGGUGUGGUGAAGUGGUUCAACGAGUCCAAGGGGUUCGGCUUCAUCACCCCCGACGACGGCAGCAAGGACGUCUUCGUCCACUUCUCGGCAAUCUCUGGCGCCGGCUUCAAGACCCUCGCCGAGGGCCAGCGUGUCGAAUUCUACAUCCAAGACGGCCAAAAAGGCCCGUCCGCCGUCGAUGUCAUGGCCCUAGAGCUAGAGGUAGAGGAGGAUAAGAGGAUUCCGAGCAAAUUGUAAGCGGAGGAUAAAGAGGUCGAUGCGUGAUAUCCUAUGCUGCGUUCAGAAGGAUUGCUAUUUUUUUGUGUUCUCUUCUCUCACACGUGCACUAAGAUCUGCACUGUUUCUCUUUUCCUUUUUACAUCAAGUCUGCCAUGGGUUAACUGCUGCUUCGUUCGGGCUUGCAAGGAAUUUGGAUUUUGUUUCGUGUCAAAUGUUUUUUUACUGUAACUACGUGUACACAAAGAAAUAUUGAAAUUUACAGUACCAAA